CAUUAAGCAGACGCAUUUAGAGGAGCAGGACAUUCAAUAGUUUCUAUUGUUAAAAAAAGACAUCGCUCAUCUACUUUUCUUUUUUUUUCUUUUUUCUUUUCACCAUCAGAUCUAAGCAUUCUUGACAGCUUACUAGCAUUCACCACCAACUACACCUUUCUUUUUUUUACUUUUCUUUUUAUAACCACUACAACUACUAUUCCUAUCAACCAUGUCCGAAAGUAGACAGGAACUCAUCUCUUGGGUCAACGACUUGUUGCGUCUCAACUACACCAAAGUCGAGCAGCUUGGCACAGGUGCUGCAUAUGUCCAGAUCAUGGAUUCAAUCUAUGGCGACCUUCCCAUGUCGCGUGUCAAGUUUGCAACAAAACAUGAGUAUGAAUACCUUGGAAACUACAAGGUCCUUCAGACAUGUUUCGCUACCCACAAAAUUGACAAGGCUAUUCCCACAGAUCGUCUUAUGAAAUGCAAGAUGCAAGAUAAUCUUGAAUUCUUGCAAUGGCUCAAGAAGUUCUGGGAUCGCAACUUCCCUAAUGAACCUUAUGAUGCAGUAGCUCGUCGUGGCGCUGGUAAUGAACCUGCUGCUGCCAAUAGAUCUACAACUGCCCCUGUCAGGAGAGCUGUGAAUAAUGGAGCCAAUCGUUCAAUGACUGGACGUUCAGAUCAUUUGUCAGCUGUGGGUAACCGAUCUUUGCGUGGACCAAGUCCUGAUCACUCUGUCAUUCUGGGUUUACAAAAGGAGCUUCAGGAGGAACGUAAUACGGUCGCGGCAUUGGAGAAGGAACGUGACUUUUAUUUUGGCAAAUUGAGAGACAUUGAGGUGUUGAUCCAACAAGAAUUGGAACGUUCUCCGGAUUCAGCUGAGAGUCUCCUUUUGAAGGAUAUUCAGGCCGUUCUCUAUAGCACAGAGGAUGGAUUUGAGAUCCCAGCUGAAGAGCAAGAUCAAGGACAAUACCCUGACGAAACGUUUUAA